AUGCCAGACUCCUUGGACACUCUGCACUUCACUCUGCCCAGCCAUGGGGACUCUGUCCUGAACAAAAUGAGAACUCUGAGAGAACAGCAUCGCUUCUGUGAUAUCACACUCAUCCUCAGGAGCCCAGAUUCCUCUGCUGGUCUGUCUGUGCACUUCCACGGCCACAGGGUGGUACUUGCAGCAUCCUCUGACUUCCUCCGUGAUCAGUUCCUACUCCAUGAGGACCAGGGAGAGAUGAUAGUGGCUGCAGUUCCCAGUGUGAGAGUCGCCAAGAGGCUCCUGCUGUCCUGCUACACUGGACUCCUUGAGGUACCUCUGGCAGAGCUGCUCAGCUACCUGACUGCAGCCAGCGUUUUCCAGAUGAACGAGGUGAUGGAUAAAUGCACUCAAGCUCUGUCACAGUACCUUAAACCCAACAUAUUUUUGGAUAAACCUACGAGAUGCUUCAAGGAAACUGAAAACUAUCAGCUUAAAAGAAGCUGGCUAUGCUCCACUUUGGAAAACCAGAGGGAAAAGGAUGUGGUCCAGCCCUGCACCAGCAUCCAGAAAGAUAAUGGAAAGGAAGAGGGAGCGGUUCUUAUUCAGGCAAUGCAUGGGGUCAGCCAAGAAUCUGAGGUGGACAGUAAGAAUAUUACAGAGACCAUUGAGAACAGGAAGUUUGUAAAAGCUACAACGGAGUCCUCAGAGGAUCAAAAAUUAGAUCUUAACACCUUGAAGUCAGAAGAAAGUGUUGGAAACACAAUAGCACACAAGGAUGAAGUUUUCCAAGACUUCAUUUCCGUCCCAGCUUUUGAGAUUAGCGGUACUGUGGAUCAUACUGUGGGGGAUAUCUCCCAGAUACAGCAAGAGCAGGAGGAUAAACAAGAUAAAAACAACCAUGCACUCAAAACCCAACAGGAACAUGGUGGAAAUCCGAUAGAUUUCAAAAUAUCGUCCCUUUCAAGAGAACACUCAACAAAGACUGCCGAAGAUUUAGUAGAGGCCUCUUCACGCACUGUCCAAGUCCAGAGGCCGUACCUCUGCAGGAAGUGUGAUAAAAUCUUCCAAUACCUGGAGAACUACACGGACCACCUGAAGGAACACAGACAGUAUUCCUGUUUGGUCUGUGGAGAGGGCUUUUCACAGAGGAGCAAACUGACCCGCCACGUACGCGUUCACCCCGACGUCAAACCCUUCAGGUGCCCGCUGUGCCAUGAAACAUUCAUCCAAAAGGUUUCCUUGCAAGAACACCACCACCUGCACACAGGAUGCAAGUAUACUAUAAAAGAAAGGAGAAAUCAGGUUUCAGAGGCCUAA